CAGAGGGAUAACCAACUGGCUGCUAGAGUAACAAAUGAAAAGUAACCUGACUCCAUUGACCCGCUAAGCUCCGCAUGGGAAGGAUGGAAAGGAACAGCCGUUUGCCUUGAACAGUGGAACAGCCUGAGAAAAUGGCUUGUGACACAUCUAGCUCAAGACAGCGGACUCUGUCCACUUCUGGAGAAGCACUAUAUGAAAUCCUUGGUCUACAAAAGGGAGCAUCCAAUGAAGAAAUUAAGAAGACCUACAGAAAAUUGGCCCUGAAACACCAUCCAGACAAGAAUCCAGAUGACCCAACGGCUGCUGAAAAAUUUAAAGAAAUCAACAAUGCCCACACAAUACUUACUGACAUGUCAAAGAGAAACAUAUAUGACAAGUAUGGAUCGCUGGGACUCUAUGUGGCCGAGCAGUUUGGAGAUGAAAAUGUUAAUACCUACUUCAUGCUGUCAAGCUGGUGGGCAAAGACCCUGUUUGUCAUCAUCGGCCUCCUGACAGGCUGCUAUUUUUGCUGUUGCCUGUGCUGCUGUUGUAACUGCUGCUGUGGUCGGUGCCAACCCAAGACAUCGAUGCCGGAAGACGACUUCUAUGUGUCCCCAGAGGACCUCGAGGAGCAGAUCAGGACUGACAUGGAAAAAGAUGUGGACUUUCCAGUUGUUCUCCAGCCUACAAAUGCAAAUGAGAAAACACAGCUAAUCAGAGAAGGAACUCGAAGUUAUUGCACAGACUCUUUAUACUGAGCCAACUGACGGUCCAGAGUAUCUCUUGGUUCAGCCGUGUCUCCAGGUGGUGAUGGGGGAGGUUGAGGGGCAUGAAAUGCUGUGAACUUCUCCACAUUUGUACUUUACACAUAGGUUAGGGAAAGAUGAUUGCCACAUAAUUUUCCCAGUAUGCAGACUCUCUGUUUGAGUAGAAUUCUUAAGAAA